AUGAGGACCCGUGAAAAGAAGCGACAAGAAGAAACAGAGACUGCAAAAAAGGUCGAGGAACUCAGAGCAGAGAACGAAAAGCUCGAAAGACAGGUAUCUCUACAAAAAGAGCUAUCUUUCCUAAAAGAAAUGUUUGUCGCCUACACGAGUGGAGGUAAAAAGACUGCUAGCGAUGUACCGUCUUCGUCAUCAAGUUCAACUUGA